AUUGUUAAAAUGGUAGCGAUUGGCUGACUUGUGUAAUAGUGAUGUCAUGAAAAAGCGGUAUGUGAAUUUCGCCAUCUUAGCAACAAAUCCUUAGGAAAUCAACCGCUGCUUGUUUUAAAGCAGCCAAGCAGCGAAACCGCUUUUUAUCAAGCCUGUGUUGCAGGCAAAAUCAUAACCCAUUUAAUUAUCUAUUAUGCAUAUACUUCUCUGAUGCAUUAGACAGUAAAAAUUGCAAAUAUGACAUUAUACAUAUACGUCAGAUGGGGAUCGCUCCUAUUGUUUUCAUGGAUAGUCAGUACAGCUGAAAUUGAUUAUACCAGAAACGGAAUACCCGAGGGUUGCAUCAUUAACGGACAAUUCUUUGCGGUUGGAGAAACAUUCAUUCCAGAUCCUAUGAGAUUUCCUUGUGAAGAGCAUGUUUGCAUCAAGGGCAAUGACGGACCUAUCGACCAAAUCAACCGUAUUAUCACCUGCCCACAAAUUCAAUGUCCGCUUAGACAACACCCUGUUAUCGAAAUGGGAAAGUGUUGCCCAGAGAGAUGUGAGGUGAUACCAUUGGUACAAGGAGAAGCUAUAAAGGAGAUGCCGGUGGCUGCAGACAAAAGUGUACUUGGAGUCAUGGUUGGAAAGGAAGGAGUCGUGGUAGCGGAUGAAAAAGCGGGUGGUGCUGCCGGUCUUCCUCUUCCAUACCCAGGCGGUAUGGGUAUGCCUGGACCACGAGGCCCACAGGGACCACCUGGACAACCAGGGUCUCCCGGAUUUCCCGGCCCGCGUGGUGAAGUAGGGGAACCAGGAACCAGCGGUCCUCCAGGGCCGCGGGGAUUUCCUGGUCCGUCAGGAGCACCAGGAAACGACGGAGAAGAGGGAUUACCAGGAGAGCAAGGUCCUCGUGGAGGAAUGGGAGAACCCGGUAGUGCUGGUAGUCCAGGUUUACCAGGGAUGCCAGGGAUGAAAGGUCAUAGGGGAAUGUCUGGCAGAUCUGGCCCACAAGGAGAGACUGGCAAAACUGGAGAAAAGGGACCAGUAGGACCGGUUGGUCCGCCCGGAAGUCCCGGAUUGAUGGGUCCCACGGGACCAGCGGGAGAAAGAGGAAGAGAUGGAGCCGAGGGAACACCAGGUCUUCGGGGUUUGGAUGGAAACUCGGGUGAACAAGGUUCACCGGGACCGAUUGGAUCACCGGGCUCCCCAGGAUUCCCUGGAAGCAUGGGAGCAAAGGGUGAUUCGGGUCAAAAUGGACAAAGAGGAGAAAUGGGAAUGACAGGGCCACCUGGUUUAAAUGGCCGCCCAGGACCACCAGGAGAACCGGGCCGACCAGGGGCAGCAGGCAAAGACGGGGAAACUGGGGCAAAGGGCGAUAUUGGAAUGCAAGGUGCACCUGGAUCACAGGGAUUUCCGGGGCCCCAAGGGCCACCAGGGCAAGUAGGAGACCCAGGAGUCGGUGGAGAGAGAGGGGAUCCUGGACAAGAUGGUAGUCCGGGUCGACAGGGUGAUGUGGGAGAAAAAGGAAACACCGGGGCACCUGGAGAGCAAGGUUUACCGGGCUUAGCGGGACAAGAGGGCAAAAGAGGACCAACUGGCCCAUCUGGACCACAAGGACCAGUUGGAUCGACAGGGGAAAGAGGCCCUCCCGGCGCCACCGGAUUACCAGGUUCUCAAGGCUCCCCCGGCUCCCCUGGAAGACCCGGAGAUAGAGGAUCAGCGGGCGAAUCUGGCCUUCCAGGAGAUCCAGGCUUACCAGGAACUCCCGGUCACCAGGGACCCCCAGGGCCAAGGGGAAAACCUGGGACAACCGGCAAGCCAGGGGAUCAAGGUGAACGCGGUCCAACGGGCUCGCCAGGAAAAGAUGGUAAAAAUGGAGAACCUGGUCCCUCUGGACCUCCAGGGAACCCCGGACUUCAAGGACCAAGUGGGAUUGUUGGAGAAUCUGGUUUCCCUGGCAGAGAUGGUGAAACAGGCUCCCCAGGUCGACAAGGACCAAGAGGAAUACGUGGCCCUGCGGGACCUCCAGGGCCAGAGGGACCAUCAGGAAUUCAGGGGUCACAAGGAGAGAGAGGAGAGCCAGGUCCAGCAGGAGAUCCUGGUUUUAAUGGUCCACCGGGAGCAGCAGGAACUCCGGGCGAGAAUGGCAAGACGGGAGAUCCAGGAGCCCCUGGACCGAGCGGGGAACCGGGAGUUCCGGGUGACAGAGGAGAGUCUGGUGUUCCAGGAGAAAUUGGACCAAGAGGUUCCCGAGGUGCUACAGGCGAGCGCGGUCCACCAGGACCAGCAGGGGAGUCAGGACCUCCGGGACCUCCUGGGGGUCUUGGAGAAAGAGGAGACACCGGGGCUCCGGGUACUGUGGGAUUACCUGGCGAAAAUGGCGGCCCAGGACCUAGGGGAUCGCGGGGAAGCAGGGGUCCGCGAGGUAUAGGAGGAAUAGAUGGUGCUCCCGGUGAGAUAGGUCUUGAAGGAGUUAAAGGUGAGCCAGGGCCACCUGGUCCUCCAAGUAAUCAGCAAGCACCACCAGGAAUCCCCGGUGAUAAAGGUGAAUCGGGUGAUCCGGGUCCACCAGGAGAAAGUGGUCUUAGAGGCUAUCCAGGAAACCCAGGACCUGCUGGAAAUAUUGGACCCCAGGGUGAUACCGGCCCCCCUGGUUUACCUGGAGAAACGGGAUCUUCCGGUCCAAGGGGGGAUAGUGGACCUCGUGGUUUUCAGGGAGAACAGGGAAUACCUGGGGAAAAUGGAAGACCAGGGGAUUCCGGAACAAAAGGAGAACUUGGAGAAGCUGGACCACAAGGGCCACCCGGAACCCAAGGAGCACCUGGGAGACCGGGCUUACAAGGCGUACCGGGCGAUACUGGCUCUGUAGGAGCUCCCGGGGCUCCAGGAAAGCAGGGUGACAGGGGUGACCGAGGUGAGGUAGGUGCCCCAGGAGCUAUGGGAAGGCAAGGUGACAAUGGUGCUGAUGGACGAGAUGGAGGAACAGGAGAGAGAGGAAACCCUGGUCUUCCGGGAACACAAGGGCCACCAGGACCAUCCGGACCUCAAGGCGAACGAGGUGUACCAGGUUAUCCAGGGGCCCAAGGAGAAAUGGGUCCAUCGGGCGAACAAGGACCGAUGGGAGCACCAGGUGAACCAGGCAAAAAUGGCUUAGAUGGAUUAACAGGACCUCCGGGUGUUCCAGGACCAGUGGGUCACCCAGGGUACCAAGGACCACCGGGCGAAAAUGGACCUGCUGGAUUGAAUGGAGCGCCAGGAAUCCCCGGGUCACCUGGAGAGAAAGGUCCACGUGGUCCUCUGGGUCCGUCUGGUCUCCCAGGACCACCGGGCCCGCAGGGACCUCAAGGACCAACCGGAUCCGCUGGACCACAAGGGGAGCGAGGAGAGAGGGGAGAACUCGGAGAAGCAGGUAUUCCAGGUGCACCGGGACAAUCAGGACCCGCCGGAGAGAAAGGAUCUACUGGAGAAAAGGGGGAAGCGGGUGCAAAGGGUUCUCAGGGUGAUAAAGGCUGGCCUGGACUCCCUGGGUCCCAAGGAAUGCCAGGACCUCAGGGAAAUAGUGGUGAUAUGGGACCGCCGGGUCCUCCAGGACCACCAGGACCGCAGGGAGAGACUGGACAGCGAGGAUUACCUGGGCGUGAUGGAGAUCCCGGACCCUUGGGUCCUCCCGGCUCACCUGGACCACGUGGAUCACAAGGUGAUGACGGCACUGGUGGACCACAAGGGCCGCCUGGUCCACCUGGAAGGCCCGGAGCUCCUGGCUAUGCUCCUGUGUGGCCAUCUAACAUCAAUUAUAACCAAAAUAAAGGUCCCGAUCCUUAUUACAACAACGACGACCCGAACUUGGCGAAUGGUGACGCAUACGUAGACUUGAAUACUCUGGGUGAGGCGAUAAACCGUGUCAAGAGACCCAUGGGAACAAGAAGAGCUCCUGGACAACACUGUCAGCAUAUCAAACUAAAGAAUCCAGAUUUUGUUAAUGGAGAAUAUUAUAUCGACCCGAGUGAUCGCGAUGUACCAACAGAACCCGCCCAAGUAAGAUGCAACAUGACAACUGGUGAAACAUGCAUCAAUGCCGAUGGAAACGACGAAGAACACCAGAGAUGGACUAAACAGUCAGGUCAACCAAUUUGGUUUGCUGAUGAAAUAUUGGAUGGAAAAGAGUUUAACUACAAAGUAUCCAGGAAACAUUUGAAAUGGUUGCAAAUGAGGAGCAGCAUAGCGAAACAGAAAAUCACCAUAUUCUGCAGAAAUGUGGAUCCUCAAGGCGCUAAAUUUCGUUCGUUUGAGGGCUUAACAAUUAGUUCCUCUCUCAUCCAUCCACUGCAUGGAACAACGAUAGCAAUAGAAAACAAUUGUUCAAAUAAAAACAAUCUUUGGUCUCAAGCUACAAUUACAAUAUCAACAAAGAGAACUGAAUUAUUGCCAAUAGCAGAUAUUCAGCUUAAUGAUGUAGGAAACGAAGACCAAGAAUUUGGAAUCAAGGUACAUGACGUAUGUUUCCAUGACGACGGGUAUUUAGGAUAAUAACAUAAUUUACUCCAAAUCAUGGCACUUCUUGAAUCUAUGGCACCAAUCCACAUAAAGGCAAUUUACAUCUUUCCAACGGCAAUUCCGUACUUCAUCUGGUGUGUGGUAUAGCAGGUGUCAACGGAUAGACAUGCCUAAACAAAAGACCGUAUGACGAGCCAUGGAGUUUUAUAAUGUCUUAAGAUUAUGUACCACCGUUAAACUUUCGGAUAUAUUUACGGUAACCUUAUCAUAGCGACUUUUACGGAUUCGUAUUCGAUUCAUACAAUUCCAUUCUAAUCAUGUUAUAUACUUUUUGAGUGUUAUGUGUGUGUUUCUGAUUUUUCGCUCAUAUGACAACGUGAUCAUUCCGAAGAAGUGGGUGAAAGGAUUAUUAUUGCAAAUCUGUGAUGUAUGCUUGUUUUAUUUAUGUUUUGUUUUAUGUAAGAUGCCUUCAUUAAAACAUAUUCAUUGAGAUUCCUCUACCUCUGGAAUAUAAAAACUAUCACAUUUUGUGACGACUCUGCAUAAAUGAUUAACGACAUGUUCAGGCAGAAAUUGAAUAAAUCAAACGAAAAUAUCA